CCCCAACCCCCUCUCGCCACGGACCAAUCGGGUGGCGCGGCGUCCUGGGCAGAGCAAAGAAAGGAAGAGGGCGGAGGGGCGAAAUAUUUUUUUUUCCUUUUUACGAUUUUUAAUCCGGCAACUCCGACGGUGGUCGUUGACAUCAUCCUGCGCUCCAUAAAAGGUGACUGUCUGCAGCGUCACUCUCACGCUCACGCUGGCCCUCGGACUCCUCUCGGACGUGACCACGGCCCUUCCUCUCGCAGCCGACAUGGAGCCCAUCAAGGUCCAAUCAGAAGGUGGACUGAAUGUGACCCUCACCAUCCGGCUGCUGAUGCACGGCAAGGAGGUCGGGAGCAUCAUAGGAAAGAAAGGGGAGACGGUAAAGAAAAUGCGUGAAGACAGUGGCGCCCGUAUCAACAUCUCAGAGGGCAACUGCCCCGAGCGGAUAGUCACCAUCACGGGGCCGACGGACGCCAUCUUCAAGGCCUUCGCCAUGAUAGCCUACAAGUUUGAGGAGGAUAUCAUCAACUCUAUGAGCAACAGUCCUGCCACCAGCAAACCCCCCGUGACCCUGCGCCUCGUGGUCCCGGCCAGCCAGUGCGGCUCGCUCAUUGGCAAAGGGGGCUCCAAAAUCAAAGAGAUGAGAGAGUCCACAGGGGCUCAGGUCCAGGUGGCAGGCGACAUGCUCCCCAACUCCACCGAGAGGGCCGUGACCAUCUCUGGGGCACCUGAAGCCAUCAUCCAGUGUGUCAAACAAAUAUGUGUGGUGAUGCUGGAGUCCCCACCGAAAGGUGCCACCAUCCCCUACCGCCCAAAGCCUGCCUCCACCCCUGUCAUUUUUUCAGGUGGCCAGGUAAGAGCAGACCCACUGGGGGCGUCCACAGCCAACCUCAGCCUCUUACUGCAGCACCAGCCACUGCCUGCUUACACCAUCCAAGGACAGUACGCCAUCCCACAUCCAGACACUCUUGCCUUCCUGUUGUCUGUUCUUCUGGUAAACCUCUGGGGGUCUUGGCCUGCAGAUCCCCAACACAAGUCACCAUCUAAGAUGUAUCUCCUGUUACAUGACUUGCUCGGAGAACACACUAAAAGUCAGCACUUAGUGUCAAUCUCACAGAGAUUCUUGAGCCGUUUUGAGAGCUAAUGAGCGAGCCAGUCUCGUGAUCGUGGGACGUAGAGGUAGGAACCGCAGAUCCCUUCCCCACCAACAACAAUGCAAAUCAGACUUUGUGGGAGCAUAUAACGACUAAAUUGUACUUAUAAAGGCACCUUUCCGGGCAGUCAAGGACACCAGGCAAAAUCAAAACAAUAAAAUAAAGAUUCUCUGCAGGAAACCGAUGGUUUGUACAGUCCAGGUUGAGAACGAGACUCUGUCCCAGGUGGAGGAGUUUAAGUAUCUCGGGGUCUUGUUCACGAGUGAGGGAAAGAUGGAGAAGGAAAUCAGCCGGGGAAUCGAAAAAGCUGGGGCAGUGUUGCAGUCUCUGUUCACCAUGAAUUGAUUAACGUGGACCCCGACUUAAACAAGUUGAAAAACUUAUUCGGGUGUUACCAUUUAAAGGUCAAACGUACGGAAUAUAUAUUGAACUGUGCAAUCUACUAAUAAAUGUUUCAAUCAAUCAAUCAAUCAAACUCUCUGUCGCACUGUUGUAUCGAAACGAGAGAUGAGCCAGAAGGCAAAGGUCUUGGUCUACCGAGCUAUCUACAUUCUUACUCUCACCUAUGGUCAUGAAAUUUUGGUCAUGACCAAAAGAGUAAGAUCGAGAAUACAAGCGGCUGAAAUUACUUUUCUCGGAAGGGUGGCUGGCAUAUCCCUUAGAGAUAGAGUGAGAAGUUCAGUCACCCGAGAGAGACUCGGAGUAGAGACGCUACUCCUUCGCUUGGAAAGGAGCCAGCUUAGGUGGUUCGGGCAUCUCGUGCGGAUGCCUCACGAGCGCCUCACUAGGGAGGUCCUCGUUACACACCCCACUGGGAGGAGACCACACGGCAGGCCAAGGACCAGAUGGGGGGGAUUAC